UUCUAUACUAAAAGAGGGGAAAAUAAUUUUAUUGUUACUUUAGAAACUUGUUUCUACUAUUAUGGUAUUUUUGCCGAAGAUUUCAAACUUGGUGUGAUACGGUAAACAGGACCUAGGAAGCCACUACGCUGACUGCUGAUGCAGGUUAUUUCGGAAGGGAACUGUGUGCCUCAGAAAGGUGGACAGAUUGCUGAUUAAGAUGUAUUUCUAUUCAUAGGCGUAGCCAGAAGGAGUUCGUGGGUAACUUCACACCACCCUUACACGUGAUGUUUUCGCGCAAUCAAAACACGAAGCUUCACAUAUUUUGGGUAGAGCACGAUGGAUCCGAUGACCAAGUUGUUUUUAUGAAAUAAUAACCGUUCAUGAGUUCGAGUUUUAAAUUAGACAGAUCAGCGUCAGGCGUUCAGUUACAGUUCAUUGUCUAAUGUCGAAAAAAGCACGUCCCUUCAAAAUAAAAACGUUUGUGAAUCUUUUAAAAUAGAUAUAUUCGAGCUCGGUGUUGAAUUACAAAACUAUUUUCAUCAUGAAAUGUUACAAAAGUGAAUAUAUUCACAAAGACAUUCAAUUUUUACUCGACGAACUGCACAGCAUAUACGCGCUGACGGAAAAUGUGUUGGACUCUCUAAUGCAGUUGAAAUUUGAUCGCAUCAAGUCAUAUUGUUCGUGAUUUGAAAUUAGAACACGACAUAUAUCCGCACCAUCCCUCGUAUUAACACGUUCGCAAUUUUCCAACAUUUGCGCUGAUCUUGAGAACGUUGGAACGAAGUGCGACGUGAGUUGCUUCGUUUCAAUGUCCAAAAGAUCCGUAAAUAUCAAUCGAUGUGGACCAGUCUCGCGUUUAGUCAAGUGGGUCACAGUCUCUACUACCAUAGCCACUUGGCUGAGAUUAUUUGCUAGUGUAUAACUGAACUGAACCCGUAAACUUGGCAACGGCGACCAAUGGCGAGGCUUGGAGAAUCACUGAGAAGCCGGAUGCCCCCUCCCAUGCAGGGCCAACAGACAGUAAGCCAUGGAGUUGUCUGGAAUGCGUGAAUCUUCGAACGCCCCUGAUCACCAUAGAUAAAAGAAAGUCCACGCCUUGAACUGGAGAUUUCGUGACCGUUUUAAUUAUAACAUAGGUCAUUUGAUGGUGAUAUGUUGAAUCCACAUCCGGAGAGCCUCGCCGUCUUAGCUGGUGUUGGCAAUAAAACGACGGUAGAACCCUGGCCCUCUGACCCUAUACUUCCCCUUACAGCCGACCGGCAGAAAGAGUUCUCAUUGUAUACCAUCCCACCCAUCGUUACCAUUGGUUUCAUCGGAAACACCUUGACCUUCCUCGUGACGAUGAGGAAGAAGAAUCGCCAUCUUCCAGCGUCUCUUUACAUGGCGAUGCUUGCUAUAUCGGACAACAUCUCUCUAAUUUCUGCUCAUCUCUUUCUAAACUGGAUGGUCUAUCAGCUCAAUUUCGGUGCAGGGACGUGGUUCACCAGCCGGGUGUGCGGUUAUCUAUUGUUUAUCAUCUACUUCGCCGGUCAUGCUGACGGAUGGAUUAUCGUCGCCUUCACAUACGACCGAUACGUCGCUACAAACGACCCCCUUAACGCCGCAACGCGUUGUAGUAUAAAAAAGGCGGGAAUUCUCACCAGCAUCAUCAUGGCCGCCAUGCUUCUAAUCAAUAGCUGCACCAUCUGGUUGGGCGAAGUUUCAAUUUUAUCAGCCGACGAACCACUGAUGUGCUUGCCAUCGUCAAAUGAAGUCCCUCAUUUAGCGGAUGUAUACAACUGGGUGGAAUUCGUUGUCGGGGCCGUGGGACCGUUCGCGUUUCUUUUGUAUUUGAACGCGAAGAUUAUCUCUAGCGUCAGAAGCAAGGAAGGACCCAAUCGCAUUCUGGGCGGAAGCGGAAAAGAGGAAAAGGAGAGCACUAUCUUAACGCGCAUGCUCCUGCUUGUCUCCUUCAUGUUUAUUAUUCUAAAUCUUCCAUUUCGUCUCUACAGGAAUUUAUUUUUGGUCAUUAAUUUCGGAACUCACAACGCAAGGUUUGUUUUUGAUGUUGUUCUAAAUAUUCUCUCACUGAAUUACGGUAUCAAUUUCUUUUUAUAUAUUCUGGGCGGAGGAAAAAGAUUCCGAUCAGAUAUUAGAGGUUUGUUUGUUUGCAGAACGACGUAAUGACGCAAACAGAACUUUGAGAUUGGUGAUAUUUGACCUUAAGGCAUGACGUCAUUCGAUGCUGUGGCCAUUCAAUGGUUACCGCAGCAUUACUGGUCACUGGAAUCAACUAGGAAAGCCGCAUCAAUAGGCUGCCCUCCCCCCUUGCUGUUAUGCAUUAUGUUCUCGAAUCGAGUGUUUUGAGUCAAGGGCGAUACCGCAUAUCUUGACCCACCAUUCUGUCUUUGACCUCACAAGACUGCCCCUCGAAGCUGGUAUCCUGGAAUAUUAGCUAUCCAAGCCAAUUAAGGGAGCCAGGAUGGGGAUACCGCAGAUUGCGGAUGUUUCAUUGGACUUAAAACACAUAUCUUCUGUGACAGCAGUGUACGGGCAUGCUUACAUAACAUGAAUCAGGUAAUUCAACAUUUUGUACUCGUCCACAGCAGAGGUCUCGAUUUGUUACAUAUUUGUGUCGGAAAGUGGCCGAUUGGCAUCUCUGCUUUGAAGAGUACACGAGCCAGAGGGCCUCCACAAAAAAAUGGCUUUCAUGCUUUUUCAUCGGUCAUUUUAAGUGUGUGUGGAGUUUCCUACUCGGUGUUUGUUGGCGAAAAUUGAUAGAUAUCACAUUACGCCAAUCUUUAAUCUCGACCAGCUGCAACACUUUAGAGGCGUUAAAAGUUACGCAUCCGGGAAUUCCCGCCGGAUAUAUGUAACUCCAAACGCUGUGACGUCAGUAGCUAUCUUCAAAGUGAGCAGUACCAG